AACCAAGCGUCCUCCCUCCGGCCGUUCCGGUCCGAUCUUUAAACUCUGGAGCCGAUGCUUGCCGAAGCCACCCACCGCGCCGGACAGAAGCAGGAAGAAAGAUCUGCAAGGGAUUCUCACGCUAUUGUUAAAUCCCUGCCGAAAUUAGGGCUUUUUCUUCCCUCUCUCCCAAGCUCUCUCUCCUCUGCCCCUCUCUAAGAUCUCGUCCGUUAUUUGGUUCGACGAUUCGGUCGUUUCGUUCUUUCGAUUCGUAUAUUUUAUCCUGUUGUUUUUAUAAAUUUAUCGCUUAUUUCGAGAUUCGUCGCCGGGCUGCAUCGGAGCUUGAAUCCUAGGUGACCUUGGACCGGGGUAACGGCAAGCAUUGGAGAUUUUGGGGGAAAUCCGGCGGGGCUCGGAGUUCGGGCAUGGCUUCGGCGCAGGUCCUGUCAAAUUCUGCCGCUUCUUCACGCAAGGGCCAUCUGGAAGCUGGGAAGAAACGGCUUGACGAGUUUCGUAGGCAAAAGGCUGCUAAGAAGGCUGCAUCUACUGGCCAGUUGCAGUCAGCUGAUGUUGAUCAAUAUGGUAAACACCCUCCAAAUAGUGAGCAUGUGAGAGAUGGAGCUACAUCUGGUAGGGAUGAUAUUGUUGUUACCAAUCCUUCUGGAUCAGCCACAGCUCAUGAAAGUAAGACAGUUAAUUCUUCCCAAAUCACUGGUGUGGGUUCCUCAUAUGGGACAUUGGCAGCCUCUUCUACCUGGCUUAGUGGCGAUCAUACAUCACAUAGUGGUUCAGAACAAGAACCUGUGAGUGAUGAGGCUUCUAAAUUAUAUGGAAGCUUAGGCUUCUCUCAGCUGGCUAAUGGUUACUAUGACCACUUCAGAGAUAACAAUGAGCUUACCCAUACCAAAUCUGAACCAACUGAUAUUAUUACAGCAGAUCAGCUUAUUAAUUCAGAUUCAGUUUAUACAAAGCCAAAUAUUGAUGGCAACAUGAACCAUUCAAAUUUUCAUUAUUCAGAUAAAGCUCAAUCAGGUGGAAACAGAAAUUCUUCGGGAACUUAUAUGCAUGAUCCAGAUGCAUCUGAUGCUUAUCAUACGAGCACUCAUCCUGACACGUCAGAAAGUAUUUCUGCACUGAACCGGUUGGGGUUUCCCAGCACAUCAGCUGAUACAUCUGGAAUACAUAAAGACUCAACUCUUGGAGUGGAGCAACCUUUUCAUGGUGGCAGUAUGCAUCGUGAUAGCGUGUUGGGUAUUAAUAGAGGAGAGAAGAUUUCUGAUGCCAUUAGUCGUCACCUCAGUGUUGUUGGCAGUGCACCUUGGCAUGCAUCAGAACCAUCAUCUGGAGAUUCUACUUCAGCUUUUAGAAGCUCCUCUAACCAAAAUCCAUUUCCUUCAUCGGGUUAUGGACCUAUUGUUGGUCGAUCUCGCCCAUCUUUUCUUGACUCCCUUGGUGUGCCUAGAGUAUCUUCUCUGUCUCAUAUGCCAUAUGGCUGCCCUGAGGAAGCUAAUCGACCUGCAUCUUUUAAUAGUUCAAAAUUUGACAGUGAAGAGACUCUCUUAUCAUCUCCUCAGCAGCUGCUGUCUUCGGAGCAUAGCACUGUGGAGAAAUCCUAUAACCCAGGAACUUCAGGUGUUAAUAUUGAGAAGAAGCUAUCCCUGACUUCUGUUUCUAUAAGUGAUAUGCAACUUUUGAAUCAGGGAGCUGAGGAUUAUGAUAUGCAGAGGGACCACAAUAUCCCAACUGUGAAGAAAGAUGAAGAUUUUGCAGCAUUGGAGCAGCACAUUGAAGAUUUGACACAAGAAAAGUUUUCUCUGCAACGAGCUCUUGACACAUCACGAGCACUAGCAGAGUCUUUGGCUGCUGAGAAUUCAUCUCUGACUGAGAGCUAUAACCAACAGGGAAAGGUUAUCAGCCAGCUAAAAUCUGAAAUGGGAAAGCUGCAGGAAGAAAUCAAGGCUCAAUUGCUGGCACUUGAGUCUGUCAAAAUGGAAUAUGGAAAUGCACAGCUAGAAUGCAAUGCUGCAGAUGAGAGAGCAAAAAUACUUGCGUCUGAAGUCAUUAGCUUAGAAGAGAAGGCACUCAGAUUGAGGUCAAAUGAGCUAAAGCUGGAAAAGCAAUCAGAGAAUUUGAAUUCUGAAAUCACUUCAUACAAACGUAAGGUAUCCAUUUUAGAGAAAGAGCGCCAGGAUUUUCAGUCUACAAUUGAUGCUUUGCAAGAAGAGAAGAAACUUUUGCAGUCUAAGCUAUGGAAAGCAUCAUCACAUGGAAAAGUCAAAGAUACAAGAAAAACUUCCCCUAUUGGAAGAGAUGCAUCUACUUCUACAGAGGAUUUAGGUGUUGAACAUGUGAAUUUGGUUGAGAGGGAGACUAGUGUUUCAGAGACAAUGCUCAGCAGUAGCCUAAAUGCUCUUCAAGGUAUCAGACCAUUCAUGUCUGUUCCUGAAGAUGGAGGAUUAAAUCUUCUAGAUGGAUCUGGUGAUAUUCCAGUAGAUCAGCUUAGAAUGGUUGACAAUAUCAAUUCAUUGAUAUCUGAGCUAGCACUGGAGAAAGAAGAGCUGGUGCGAGCUCUGAAAAUAGAAUCAUCUAAUUGUUCCAAGCUUAAGGACACGAACAAGGAUCUAUCACAAAAGCUGGAGGCACAGACGCAGAGGUUAGAGCUCAUGACUGCUCAACGAAUGGCCAACGAGAAUGUUUUGACAAGACCUGCAGAUUCCCAGGUUAUGCAUGCAACAGAGUAUGCCGAUGAAGGGGAUGAGGUGGUUGAGAGGGUGUUGGGUUGGAUAAUGAAGCUUUUCCCUGGCGGCCCGGCAAAGCGGCGCACUAGCAAGCUUCUGUAACAGGGAAAAGAAGGAAUUCUUUUACAUAUUGGUGAUGCCGUUAUUCCUUUUUGUUUACUUUUUCUUAAUAGUGGUGAUAGAAUGGAGGUCUCUGAAUCUGUAUAUUGCGUUGUUAAAUUUAGUCAUUCUUUUUUAAUAGAAAGAAAAAUGGAAUACUUGGUGUUUCUUCCAUUAAUCAUGUGUGGAAGUACACCCAGUGAUUGGGAAUAAACGAAGUGCCCCCAUCAUUCUUUUUGCUGAAUACUGUUUUGGGUAUCUUUGGGAGUGGCAAGUGUAAGAAGGAAUUGUUGUGUUCAUUAUGUUGAAUUUUCUUUCAAUUUAUAAUUUGCUA